AUGUCACAACUCCUUACUGUCAUCGGUCUUUUCAGCGAUGCCCUGACUACGACUGGGUUCUUCCAAGGCCUCGUCCCAGAGAGCACAGCAGAUGGUGCAACCAUCAGGAUCAAAGCCGGUUUGCCCGAUCUAGGCAACGACGGUGACAGUCUUUCUGGAUCCAUCAACAAAGUCUAUUCCUACUCCCAAGCGAACGGAUACCAGGGCCAGGCUGACGGUUGUGACAUUGGUAACGGUGGAAUCUGCGACGUCAUAAUAGAUGCGGGUGUUCCGGGCCAACGAGCUGUCUACGUCAGCGUCUCAAACAACAACGACGCAACCUGCAUCGCUUGGAUCAUUGUACAGCAGCGUGAUGGCACGUUCCCCGGUGCAUGGACUGGCGACAUUGGAGCAGCAUGUGGCCAAUCCUGGUAUGAACAGAUUGAGGUAGCGGGGAAACAACCUGACGGCAGCGACUACGUUCCCAGGUGCACCUGGCUGGAUGCUGAUCACACCAACGACAUACCUAGUGCUGCUCUGAAGUUCGAUGUCACGGCGUACGGCGAGAACGUGAACGAAACCGCGGAUGCCAACGCAGGAUGCGACUACACAAUCUAUGGGGAAGACAACGGGCCUCUCGCUGGUAAACCUGGUGCCAAGCGGAGCACCCCAGAGCGAUCACAGUGGAUGACCGAAGCACUUGUCGUCUCCCACAUUGCAAGUCACUCGGCGAAGGGACUUUGCGACUCUGCCACGUCUUUGGGACCAGACUUUGUUGAUAUCCAUGGCAACUUCUGCGACAUGGGUUCCAAGACUCUCACCCCACUCUGCUCCUCGCAAUACGUUGAUGGAUGCGUGGAGCUAGACGAGGACGAGAAGGCUGUGGUGAAGCGCAUGAGCGUUGCGAAGCGUACUGCGAGCGUCAAGCACAAGUCUUACAAGAAGAUCUCCAAAUGGGGAUUCUAG